AUGUGUAGCCAAGGGGCAUGUUAUUGUCCAAGAGGGAUACGAGAUCUUUUGGAGGCUCAAGGUGUACAAGUAACUAUAGAGCAAGUCAUAAGCCAUUUGAAGAAAUACAUUAGGGACUGCAUAACUAAGCAUCUAUCAGCCAAGCUCAAGGCUAGCUCAUCUCAUUCUAAUAUUUCGAAGAACUAUUCGACACCUGGAGUUUCGGGAUUAUAUAUGAGACCACAUGGAACUACAAAUAUUUACCAAACAAGCCCACUAAGUAAUGGUGCAUCACCAGCUGGUUGUGACAUUCUUGGAAAGGAGAGCUACGGAGCUAGUCAUGCUGGACUUCUCUACAACAAUGGCAAUUUCCAUGGCAAUGCUAAUGGUGUUUUUGUAAGUGGAAGCAUGGUCAGUGCAUCACUGCCGUCGAACCUAGCACAACAAGUACAUCAGACUAUUCCUGAAGAUAAUGGUAAUGGUCAUGAUGGUAUUCUUGCAGCAAAUGGAAACAUGGUUAGUGCAUCACUACCAUCCAACCUCGCACAACCAGUACAGAAGGCAAUGUCCACCAAUACUUUAUCUCCUAGUAGCGUGAUUCGUACCAUGGAUGAUAUUCCAAACCCUGUAGGACAACAGGCAUUUCCACGGGUAUCUCGACUCAGGUACGACAGCAGCACUGGUGGGAUAUCGAUGUUGCCUUGGCCAGUGGAUGAUGGUGAAGAACUGCUGAGAAGCUACCUGGAGGAUGACAACGAGCUCAUGCAGACCAUGGCAUCAACACGUAUGACCCGAGGAAUGCAUGGAUAUGGUACUGCUGGUCAGAACAGUGCAUCGCAGCCUCAAGACCUCAAUGAACUUUUGAACUUGGAGAGCAGUAAUGGAAAUGGAAGUGGCGUAGUGACUGACGGGAUUCUGGACUGUGAUUUCAGUGAAAUGGAGAAGUUUUUUUGA